AUCGAGGCAGUGUUGUUUACAUGAUCACUUGGUGACCUGGUGACAGAUUUUACUCCAAAAAGGCCAAGAAAAGAUCAACCGGCAUUUCUAAUAUGUCAACAUCGAACAAAAUAUCGAAGAAGGGAACUGGCAAACAAGAUCUACAAAUCGAGCAGCAGGUUGAGUAUGUCAAGCUCUUACAAGGAAAAAUAAAUACUUUGUUGCAAGAAUGUGAAGGAAAGGAGUUCUUGAGGGAUGAAAUCCAAAGAACAAAGAAAGAUUUCAAGCUUCUGCAUUCCAAAAGUGAACAGAUUCUAGUGUUAUUACAGAUAUUGAUGAAGCUAAACAAUGAAGUUGCCCUUGCAAGACUUGAAUUAGAACGAGCUGUUAAGUCAAAUUUACAUAUUGAAAGAAAGCAAAAACGAGUGAAAUGGCUUGAAAAACGGAUAAAGAACUUUCUUUUCAUGAGUAGGGCAAUGUGUCAUGUUGAAUAUCAUGGAAAAUCACAUGAGCAAAACGGUUCAAAAAUACACAAGUCAGAUCUUUCAGAAAAUUUCAUUGAGCAUUUGACAGCUGAACAGAAACAAAGACUAUUUCCUAUCGAAAACGAUUCAAACGAGGACACAGACUCAUUCAUGAACACAAAGGAGCAAGUUGAAAAUGGUAUUGAGAAAAUAUUCUCAUUAACCACAAUCUGUGAUGAUACCUCUAUUUCAAGCGAGGAUGAGGGUCAGACUGGGAGUUUAACAGAUAGAGUCGAAGAAGUGAAUACCCAUGAAGAGAAUCCAGGUUUUAUAGAUACACAGCAAAAUUCUAUGACUUCGAUGACAUCAAGCAUGGUUGACUAUUAUUGGAACUCAGAUCAUCAUCGAUUUGAAUGGACGAAUUUCAUGCAAAAGCAAGACCCACUCUCAUGGCAUGCUCUCGCUAUAUCAUACCCAGACACCUUCUUAAAGCAAGGCAUGAGCAAGUUUAAAUCAAAUGAGAUACCUUGGCGAGUUGAGAGGGAUCUGUCAGAAGGCUCUGAAUUCACGAAAAAAUCAAUCGAAUUGGUCCAUCAAAAGCUGCAAGCAUUACUUCAAGCGAUCGAAGAUGCAGCUGUAAAUUCAGUUAAACUUGAAAAUGCAAGUGACGAACCUCAAAGAUCAGUUAGAGGAAGGCGAGAUUUUCAAAAGGCGGCCGGAGAGUGGAAAGAAAGUGGAGAAAACCUGCCACCGUUAAUGCAGACUCGAAGUUUAGAUUACUACGAUGAGCGUGUGAAUAAGCUGUUCAGUAGACCAGUUUCUGUUGUUCUUCCUGUUGUAAAUAAGUCUUCUAGCAAACAGUACCCCAGAAACUCUAAACACUGGUGCGACCUAGACAAAGUUGAUAUUCCAAGACAUACUUCAUACCUUAGAGGACCAAAACAAAAAUUAAAGGAAGUAGCUACAAUAACAAAGAAGAAACCACUUAUGAUCACGUCAAGAACUGAAGAAAGCACGGUGUCUUUGCGAAAAGCUGCAAGCAAAAUCAGAGCUUUGACGAGAUUGAAGCCAAGCAGAGAGUCUGUGCAUGACUUAGAUGAUCUAAAAUGGAAAAGAGUAUUAGAACUUCUAGGUAACUGUGGAAUUAAAUCUGAAAACUUAGAAACGGCAAAGGAUGCAUUCAAGACUCUUUCUCAGCUUGACAUGUCACACACUAAAGUUAUUGAAGCUGUUUGCAACAGGAUUCAAGAUGAAACAAAUCCAGAUGUAAUAUAUGAGGCUUGCAAAUGCCUCAUUAAGUUAGGGUCCUGGGAAUCUUCUGCUGUGAGAGCAUUGUGGAAAGGGCUCAAAAAAGGGAAGAAAGAUUUGCAGUUGGACAUCUUGAGUACUAUUAGCAGUGCUAAAAAUGCACAGUUUGUCUCCAAGGAAACUGAAGAAAUAGAGAAAUUGAUUGACACAUUAUCGACAUUGGCUUCUUCAUCUGACGACGACAUUGCUCUUGGAGCUUCCCUCUCAUUAGGCCAUUUAUGUGUUGCUGACUCAGCAGCACGUCAGCAUCUUUUCUCAAGAUUGGAGGAUACUUCCUUUGCUAUCAGAGCCAAGGCUUUGGAGUCAUUGGUCAGGCAAAUGAACUGCAAAGACGAUGUCAUAAUAGAUUGUCUUUUGUUUCAAAUUAGCAAUGCAAGAAAUUGGAAGCAACGAAUAUCCGCAGCUGAGCUUCUUCAGUAUAUAGGGGUUAAGGAUGCAACUAAAGAAGACCCAGAUAAAGUAUUUGACACACUAGAAAAGCUGCUGUGGAACCACCCUAGCACUGAGUUACGAGCGAAAAUAGCAGAUGUCAUAGCAGAUUUCGGGAUGCGGCCAAAGGCAAUAUUUUUAGUUCACAAGAGACUAGAUGAUCUUAACGAGAGUAUUAGAACAAACGCCAUUCAAAUGUUGUCAUCUCUACGAAUGAAAGGGGAGAAAGAGCUAAGGAUAUUACUAGAUAUACUGGAGCUAGAUUCAAGCGUUAAUGUUCGCCUCCAGGUGCUACAGGCAUUCGAUGCUCUGAAAUGGAGCGACCUAAGAGUUAUUAGGACACUCCAAGAUCGUGAAAAGGGAGACGGAACACUUGCCAAAAAGGCAGCUGUGGUUUUGCAAUCCCUGGUUCAAUAAUGGCGCAGCUCUAACGAAAUACGAUCUUCGAAAUUGUAUUAUCAUAUUUCUAAAAAAUGCUUGAGAUAAAAUAUGGAGGUAGCAACUUUAAUUUCAAUGUUCUUUUAUAACAACAUCUGGACAGUUGUUUUGGAUAUUUAAACGCUCUUCGUAGCAUGUUUCACUAUUUGUAUUGUUGACACUAGUGAGGCUGCUUCUAAUACCAACAUAAUCAUCAUUGAUAUUAGGCUCGUUUUCUAAUGAGAGUUGCGCAGUCUCCUUUCUCAAUGUAAGUGACAGCAGAAACUGCAACGCGAAAACGGUUCCCCAGACACAGGGAUACAACCAAUGUUUGUGCAAUGAAAGAAGCUCAGCUCCAAUGAAAGCUGCAGUCGUUCCAGGAAUCGUAGAUAUAAGGUUCAAUAAGGACAUAAUCGUACUACGCAUCGAAGUUGGGUAACACUCUGGUAUGUAUGUUUGUAACACUGCAUAAAUUGGUGCUAUGAAAAAGUAUGUGGCUACUGACAACA